AUGAGCUCUACUGUAAGCCAGAAACCGACCAAAUUCUGGAGUAAGGUCAAGUCCUCUACGAAAUCGUUUUCUUCGUCUUUCGCCCAACUUUCAAUCAAACAAGAACGCGAUGGUGAUACACCUACGACAACUGUGGUUCACAAAGCAUUGGUAAAAUUCUACUCCCACCAGGAGCCCUUUCAGGGAUUUCCAGACUGGCUAGGCCAUAAGGAAGAGCUGCCAGAUGAGCAGAAAAUACUCAGGAAGCAUAAGGACCAUCAUCAUGACCCCAGAGCUCCCGCUAAAGCACACACGGCAGAAACUGAAACAUCUCGCACGCAGCCAGUAUCGCCGGCGGCCACAGCACGCCCGACAGCAGGAACUGAUUUUAGAGGUAUUUAUAAAAGCUCUCUAGGAUCACGAGUCGCUCAUUCGUCCUCAGCACCUCCAUCUUCUGUUCCGGUGAGCUCAGAUACGAGCAUGUCAUCACGUGCCCCACCUCCCACCCAAAGAACUUCAUCGAUGCUGAUGCGCGAGCGUUUGAAAAGGAAAUGA